ACUUCCGUACGAUCGUAUUAAGCGACACGCCGCUAAGCGACAUACACACACUAAAGUCCAAACCGCGCAUACAACCCGGGAUUUAUCAUACCAGAAUGCAUAUCAAAACAGGUACUUGGGAGUCAAGCAAUGCCGUGUGUGAGUCCGACCCCCUGUGUGAUCCUGCCGUCCUAGUGUCACCCUCUAAACCCGAACCACAGAUCCGAAACCGUCGCCUCUCCCCUGGCUCUGGCAGCUGUGGUGGGGGAGGAGGAGGCUGUACCUCUGUGGUGGAGAAACCAUCUCGUCAAUCCUCACCGAGCAACUCGGAAGGUUUUCUUAAUGGGUCGGGCCACAUCUACACCCCCAAUCGGGACAGAGAGCGGCGCGCCCCAAAUAAAGGAAGAAGCUUUCGGAAAGAUGGGCCGAGACCAGGGCCUCGCACAGAUGAGAGACCAUCCAGAACCGGUCAGAACCAGACGCUAAAGGAAAGAUGGGUAGAAAACAGUUUGUCUUUGCUUAAACCUCCUCCUGCUUUCCCCGUGAAGGACAGCCCUGCCAAGCUGCAGCCGACUGUCAGCUAUGCUUCCAAGGUGAAGGCAGGGGGAGGUUCUGUCGGAGCAGCUGAGGAGCCCCCUGGCAUCUGUGUCUUGCUGCAGAACCAGUGGGGACUGAGCUUCAUCAGCGAUGGCCCAGCGGCUGAUGUGCCACAAGCCAUUCCAGAGAAGUGUCCAGUUGUCCAUCCGGUUGCUGGAGAGGUUACUGAAAAACCAGCCCAAUCCUCUUCAGAGAGAGGCUCAGAGAGUUCAGAGGAACUGCUGCUCAGCUGUCGCCACCUGGAGGAAGCAUUGGCGUAUCACACACAAGAAUGGAAAGCAGUAUUAUGGAGACAAAAACAAGAUCCUGCAAAGGUUGUUUGGUACAAUAACACCCUGGAGUCACCAGCCUAGCACACACUAACACAGCUCAACAAACACACACACACAUACAUGUCGCACUCAGGUUAUCUUCCCCACAACGUUUAUACUGAGACACUUUGGACUUUUCCCCCCUGAAGAUAGAUGUCUUGGACUUGUUGGUUGCCUUACAACAGAGUCUGCCUCUGCAUACCUCUGUCAUUUUAAUGGUGGAGAAUUGUCUCUUUUAAGAAAAGAAAAAAAAAAGCGUUACCAAGCUGCAAUUUUAUUUCAAUGAACUGCAGUUUUACUGUUAAGAAAUCUGUUUUAUUCCUCCCUUGUUCCUACUUGUGCAGGUGGUUUAAUGGAGCACUUUCUGACCUGUAGUUAAACAUGUCUUGCCUCUCUCUAAAGACUGAGCUCAUUUUUAGAACCAAAUGCAGAAUGUCUUUUCAUCUGUCUUCCCUUCCUGAAUAAUCCCUUUCUUCCCUCGUAAAUUGUUCUCAUGAAGUUUACAGAGGUGCAGCUGGCACAUUAUGGCAGCACCUUUAAAUGUCUUAGUGGUCUUCAUGCUGUUUUUUUUAAUAUAUAUAUAUAUAUAUAUAUAUAUAUAUAUAUAUAUUUCACCUAAAUUGAAUGUUGGUCGUAAGUCCUAAUAGGAAUCCAUUGCUGUGGAUGACCUAACUUUUUUUUUUUUUUUUGGAAACAUACAAAUUUACACUGGAAGAUGUUCAGAGAUUUAAUCGAACAGUGUUGCAUAAUAAAAAA